AUGUCGAUCAGGGGCUUGGCUGUUGCUUUGAAUAGCAAUGGUCGAUACGCGUAUAGGAAGCCAGAGAUGGCAGUGGAUCAUCUGGUCAUUGGAGCAGGGGUGGUUGGUCUGGCAAUUGCCCAACGCCUAGCAUACAAGUUUCCUGAUAAAUCGACGUACUUAGUGGAACGUAAUAGCAGAGUCGGAGAAGAGACGAGGAUGAAAGAGCUCCCGAAAUUCAGAGGACUUUAUUAUCCGGCCGACUCACUGAAAACUCGACUAUGCCUACGGGGCCGACAUCUGCUUUACGGGCACUGUGACAAGCAUAAAGUUCCUUAUCGCAAGACGGGAAAACUCAUUGUUGCAAGGAAAGGCCAGGAGGAGUAUCUGAAUAAACUACAUGCGCACGCGAAGGCUCUCAAAUGGCCACCCUUUUCUAAUCCAGACUCGUCCAAAUCCCCCGUUGCCCCAACCCGGUUGAUCUCGGGAGAUGAAGCACGGCAGCUCGAGCCCGAUCUAUCCCGUGAGAUCACAGCGGCCAUCGAGAGCCCUGAGACUGGUAUCCUUGACUCUCAUUCGUUCUUUGAGUCUUUGGAGAAGUUGAUAGACGAGAGCAAUGGCGCUGGGACAGUGGCACUCGGUACCAAAGUCGUUCGUGUGGACCCCGGUUGGGUAGUGCAAUUUCUCACUGGAGAUAGCGGCGAGCCGGAUAGUAUCCUCACGCACACGUUAGUCAACGCAUCAGGACUAUCUUCGACACUCGUUCUGAACGCACUUCUCCCACUGGACAAACGCCUCACUGCAUUUUUUUCGCGAGGGUCAUAUGCGUCGUAUCGCGGCCCUGGUACCUCCCACAUUAGCCGACUUAUCUACCCAGUUCCUGAGCAGAGCACAAGUCACGGACAUGCAAGUCUAGGCACACACCUCACGGUAGACAUGGAAGGAAACAUCAAGUUCGGACCAGAUGCAGAAUGGCUUCAGCCCCCCGAAGACAUGGCGCUAGACGGGCAGGAAACACAUGAUUUUUGGAAAGACACCUUAUUCCAAGCGACAGUCGCCUUGAACAGAUAUGGCUUAUCCUCCGACUAUGUGGGCAUCCGCCCUAAACUUGUUGGCCCCGGACAUGGGUUCCAGGAUUUUGUUAUUCGACAAGAUUGGUCUACCGACUUUUACAGCGCGGAAGCCAACAGUAGGUCCGGCCGAAUGAUUAGCUUACUAGGUAUCGAAUCACCCGGACUUACGUCUUCACUCGCUAUGGGGGAGAUGGUUGUCGAAGAAUUAAUCUGA